AUCUCAAACUGCAGUUCUCGAAGGCCAGAGUCCUGCAACUUUUAGAUGUGUGCAUCGUCCUACACACUGGAAUUAAAUGGUAAAACUUCCUCACCCUCGAACUUGACUUUAUGCUGAUGAGCCAAUCAGAGCUAGGUGUGCUGAAGUAGAGAGACUUCUAACAGUAGUACACUGGUCCUUCAGGACUGGAGUUUGAGACUGCUGCUUUAAGCUGCCAGGACCAUCAUGUCUUGAAAUGUGUGUACAGCAACGACCAGGUAGAAUAGUGUUGCAUGAUGUGGGAUUUUUAUUAUUUUUAUGGGCAUUUAAUAAAUAUUGUUUCUUUCUAAUAUGGUGUAAUAGUGUAUUACCAUACACUAUCAUUUUUAAGAUAAAUGCAACCAUCAGGUUACAGAACAAGUGUCUGUGUUUGUGUGCGUGUGUAUGUUUUCCAGAUUAUUGUUGACGAUGACGACAGCAAGGUGUGGUCUCUGUAUGAUGCCGGCCCAAAAAGUAUCAGGUGUCCAAUCAUCUUCCUUCCCCCAGUCAGUGGGACUGCGGAGGUGUUCUUCCAGCAGGUGCAGGCCCUGACUGGCUGGGGUUACAGGGUAAUCUCGCUGCAGUAUCCAGUAUACUGGGACCUCCUGGAGUUCUGUGAUGGCUUCCGGAAGCUUCUGGAUCACCUUCAGCUGGACAAGGUCCACCUUUUCGGGGCGUCUUUGGGAGGAUUCUUGGCUCAGAAGUUUGCAGAGUAUACUCACAAGUCUCCCAGAGUGCACUCUUUGAUCCUGUGUAACUCAUUCAGUGACACGUCCAUAUUUCACCAGACAUGGACUGCAAACAGUUUCUGGCUCAUGCCAGCUUUCCUGCUGAAGAAGAUUGUCCUGGGAAACUUUGCUAAAGGACCUGUGGACCCUAAGAUGGCAGAUGCAAUCGACUUCAUGGUAGAUAGGCUGGAGAGUCUGAGCCAAAGCGAGCUAGCUUCAAGGCUAACACUUAACUGUCAGAACUCCUACGUUGAGCCUCACAAAAUAAAAGAUGUUGCUGUGACCAUCAUAGAUGUGUUUGAUCAGAGCGCCCUCUCACUGGAGGCCAAAGAAGAGAUGUAUAAACUGUAUCCCAAUGCUAGACGGGCACAUCUGAAAACUGGAGGAAACUUCCCAUAUCUGUGCAGGAGCGCUGAGGUCAACCUUUACAUACAGAUUCACUUGCGUCAGUUCCAUGGAACCAGGUAUGCUGCCAUAGAUCCUGCCAUGGUAAGCGCAGAGGAGCUGGAGGUUCAGCGGAGCCACCUGAGCUACAAUCAGGACUCUGAGGACAACCAAUGAGCCGACGUUGCCCUGCAGUCUGGCUCACCAGGACACAUUGAUUCCUGAGCUCAUUUCACACCAGGCUCCAGGGACUUUUCUGUAUAGUCUAACAUUCAAUCAAAAAUUCAACUAAGAAUGUUUUUAUUUGUCAGAUGAAGCAAUAUUUUCAUAUUGACGUGUGGUACAUUACCGCUGCUUUGCUCUGGAAACCAUACACAACACCUUGCCUUUUGUGGAAUGAUUCUUGCACUCAUAAGCUGCCUGAAUGGUGUGUUCACAUCUGUUUGAAAGAGAAAUUGUAGUAGAUUGUGCCAGCUGUUAACAGAAUAUUGAACACACUGGAUAUACAAAGAUACACUGUACGUCUAAAAGUUUGCGUAAUUUACCAAUAUGAAUUUUGUUUUUUUGGAAUACAGUUUUUCUUUUUGAUUUCAUAUUU